AUGUCCAAAGCCGCAUUCUACAACAAGGUGACACCACCAUAUCAAAGACCAGGUCUGUCAGUUUUGGGCAUUGGGGUAGAAUACCCUCCGUACCAGAUCGAGCCCAAAGAUGUUACAACUCUAGCACGGCGCUUCUAUCCUAGCACUCCAGCCCUGGAGAAAGUGUUAACGAUCAAUGAAUAUACUGGAAUAGACAGUCGGUCAGCGAUUGGAACUAUUGAUCACCCCAUUGUCAACGGCAAAGAUGCUCCUUCGAUAGCAGAACUAUGCGACCUUUUCCUGGAUCAUGGUGUGAAGCUCUCUGUAGCUGCAUGCCAGAAGGCAAUCGAGCAAUGGGGUGGCGAUUUAUCAGAAAUUACGCACAUUGUGGCGACGACAUGCACGAAUUCUGCCAAUCCUGGAUUUGACCACUAUGUUGUCAAGCAGCUAGGGUUAAACACGAGUAUCGAAAAGGUUCUUCUGCAUGGUAUUGGCUGCUCCGGUGGCAUGGCAGCAUUGAGAACUGCUGCCAAUAUUGCUCUUGGUUCAAGUUUCCGUCAGAAACCUGCUCGCAUAUUGGUUCUCGCAUGCGAAAUUUCAAGUACCCUCGUUCGAUCCGAGCUUGACUCGAUAUUACAGAAUGAGGAGAUAAGGAUAGGUGUGUGUCUCUUCAGUGAUUGUGCUUCGGCCAUGAUUCUUGGCAACGAGUUCAGUAAUCGAGAUGGUGAAGAGCCGAUACUUGAACUCCUUGGCUGGGAUCAUCGAAUCAUCGACGAUACAGAGAAGGACUUGGGUUUCGACGUCGAUCCGCUUGGUUGGAAAGUCGUACUUACUCAUAGGGUACCGAAACUGGCAACUGGAGCUGUGCCAGCAAUGUUCGAUGACCUCGUAUCAUCUAUACCCGAGCUGGUCGACGCCAGUAAAUUCAAGGCCUCUGACUAUGACUGGGCUUUGCAUCCUGGAGGUGCAACAAUCAUAUCUGGUAUACAAAGUGCCAUGCGACUCAGGGAAGACCUUCUUCGAGCCAGCUAUGAGGUGUAUAUGGCCCAUGGUAACUCCUCGAGUGCUACUUUCUUCAGUGUUAUGAAGCAAUUGCUGUUGGGGCCAACUACGGAGCACAUCAUCGGAUGUGCAUUCGGUCCAGGUAUAGCUGUGGAGAUGAUGGUCUUCAAGCGCUGUGAGCCAUCCCGUGGAGGUAGUGCAAGCCCGGCUGAGACACUUGUCGCAGAAGACGUAGAUUGA